UGUGAGACGGAGGCCGGAUCGGUCAGCGCACACGCACGGAUUCACAUACUGGAGAAGCUGAAGUUCACUCCCGUCCCGCAGUCGUCUCAGUGUCUGCAGCUGGACAGAGAGAGCAGUGUGAGCUGUGUGGCCACAGGACGAGAGACGCCCGUCAUACACUGGAGCAGAGCAGACGGAGCUGAUCUCCCGUCUCACGCCGCUCAGAUCAACGGGGUUCUGCGCUUCAGGACAGUGACCCGCGCAGACGGAGGAAACUACACGUGUGUGGCGUCCAGCAGCUCGCAGGGACAGAUACGAGCUCACGUCCAUCUCACUGUAGCAGUUGAGGUGGAGUUUAAGCUGCAGCCGGAGCAGACCACGGUCUAUCAGGGUCACACAGCCGUGCUUCACUGUCAGGCGUCAGGUGACCCGCAGCCGUACGUCCAGUGGAUGCUCAGAGACACACAGCUCCUCAGCAGCAGCUCCAGCAGGUUUCAGAAGAUGCAGAACGGCUCUCUGGUCAUUAGUGAUGUGAGCACGGAGGACACGGGUGUGUACACCUGCAUCGCAGGAAACACCUGCAGCAUCAGAGACACCGCGGCGCAGCUCUACGUCGUGGAGAAGCCCGUGCAUCCCCGCGGUGGAGACGAGGAUAAGAGUCAGUUUAAGAUGUUCCAGACCAUCGCUCUGUCUGUGGCCGUGGCCGUGGCGUACAUCAUCGCUGUGCUGGGACUCAUGUUCUACUGCAAACAGAGACGCAAGAACAAACGGCUGCAGAAGAGCCGCGCCGGAGAACAGCCUGAGAUGGAGUGUCUGAACGGUGUUCAGCUGAACGGACACAGGAUGUCUGAGAUCCAGGAGGAAGUGGCUUUAACCAGCGUGAGAUCUUCAGCAAACUCAGAGAAACAGCAGAGCUUUCCCAGAGCGCACCUGCAGACCAUCACCACACUGGGGCGUGGUGUGUUCGGCGAGGUGUUUCUGGCUAAAGCGAGGGCGAUGGAGGAGGCCGGGCCGGAGACGCUGGUGCUGGUCAAGAGUUUGGAGAGUCGAGAGGAAACGCACCGAGCCGAGUUCAGACGAGAGCUGGAGAUGUUCAGCAGACUCGAUCACGCUCACGUCGUGCGACUGCUGGGAGUCUGCAGAGAGACACAUCCUCAUUACAUGAUCCUGGAAUACGUGGAUCUGGGAGAUCUCAAACAGUUCCUCAGAAUAUCAACGAGCAGCGAUGAGAAACUCAAGCCACAUCCCAUCAGCACUAGAACUAAAGUCUCCAUCUGUGCUCAGGUGGCUCAUGGGAUGCAGCACUUAUCAAACAGAGGUUUUGUGCACAGAGACCUGGCGUCCAGGAACUGUCUGAUCAGCGGACAGAGACAGGUGAAGGUGUCUGCGCUCAGUCUGAGUAGAGACGUCUAUAACAGUGAGUACUAUGAGCACGGGCAGGUGUGUAUCCCGCUGCGCUGGCUGCCGGGUGAGAGUGUGUUUGAGGGAGAGUUCUGCAGUAAGUCGGACGUCUGGGCGUUCGGGGUGCUGAUGUGGGAGGUGUUCAGUCUGGGCGAGCUGCCGUACCCCACACUCAGUGACCAGCAGGUGAUGGAGGGUCUCCAGGCAGGUACUCUACAUUUGUCUCCUCCAGUGAACUGUCCUGCUCAUGUCUGCAGUCUGAUGAGCCGCUGCUGGGCGUCCAGUCCUAAAGAACGGCCCACGUUCAGCGAGAUCCUUCAGAUUCUGACUAAUUCCUCCGCAGACACCAAAGUCUAGAGGAUCACGACUGCCAUCAGAGACUCAAUCACACACAUUUCAGAUGCGAGAGUCUGCUCCGAGACUCGCUCAGGAUCAAACACACUUCUGUCCCAUUAAUGACCUGUUUACGCUUCUGUAGAAGCUCCUUCCUCUCGUUGAAGCCUCAGGGACUCCGGGGAUGACCUUUGACCUCAGCAGCGCAGGACAAUCACAGAUCCAUCAGGUUACAGAUGCAGGACGAGGUACUGCACACACAUGAAGCUGGAAUCACAUCACGCCUGCGGCUCUCGUCACGCGCUGAAAACAGCAGUGCCUACAGUCGAGUGUGUGUGUGUGUGUGUGUGUGUGUGUGUGUGUGUGUGUGUGAGUGUGUGUGUGUGUGUGUGUGUGUGUGUGUGAGUGUGUGUGUGUGUGUGUGUGUGUGUGUGUGUGUGUGUGUGUGUGUGAGUUGGUGUGUGUGUGUGUGUGUGUGAGUGUGUGUGUGUGUGUGUGUGUGUGUGUGUGUGUGUGUUUUCACAGCAUGAUGCCACGGAACGCAUCAUUAGUGGAGUUUAGUCUCUUGUUUGUGGGAAACAGAGAUUAAUGAUGAAGUUAGAGAUAGACGUACAAACCUGUAAUAUGAUAACAAACUCACUAAUUAACCUGUGUGUGUGUGUGUGUGUGUGAUGACAGGGAGAUUUUUGUCAAUAAUAACAUGAUCUUUGUUUCUCAGAGGUGCACACAGGUGACUGUGAUAUUGUAGUAAAUAAAUAUGCAACGCAUUGGAUUGCAAACAUUUCUAAGCCAUGAUUAAUUACCUGUUAUUUUAAUACGCAGUUCACUGUCCAUCUCUGCAAAAUCCUUCUGGAUUGUUUUCCUCGAGCACACCUGACAAACUUAAGGUGUCGUGUUGGUGUGUUGUGAUUCGAUCAGCGGUUCUCAACCAGGUCCAGUAUGGGUUCUCAAAAAAAAAAAAAAAAAAAAAAAACGCAUUAAAACACCUGAAAAUCAAGCUUUUUUUAAUUUAAGUUUACAGCUUUCAUCUUUUUUUUUUUUUAUGAACCAGAAAGGAGAAUCUGAAUAUAUGAGGCAUCCCGAUAUUUAAAAGUGUGAUCUCUAGAGCUGGAGAAGCCAUGAAAAUGAAUGAAAACUUAAUCCUGAUCCAGUGAAUCACAGACUGAAAAAGUGAGAUAAAUCAUUUUAAACCAGGAGGAACCCUGAGGAACAUUCAGCUCCUAAAACUUCUGGAAUGGGGAAAUUCAAUGCACAGAAACCAGGAGUGUCCAUAAUCAAAAUCAAACGUGUGCAUGGAGUCGUGGAGGUUGAGAAGCGUGAUGCAUGAUGUGGUGUGAGGACUGUGUGAGUUUAUGAUGAAGGUGGUGUCUCUCUGGGUUUAAUGUGGCCAGUGUUGGUGUAAUUCAGACUCCUGCAGCACAAACAUCAUCAGGUGAACAGACACCAGGAACAGGUCAACCUCCACUUUUACAGCUGAAAGUGCCUACAACAUGAAGGACUUAUUUGCGGGGUUUUUUUAACAGUAUCUUUUGUAAUGCGGUUAAAAGAAUGGCUUUUAUAUGACCUUAUCAUAUGUAUUUUUAUUAUUAUUAUUGUUAUUUGUUUUUAAUCUCUUGUCAUCGUCACUGUCUGUUCAUGGUUAUUUUAAGGCAGGUUCUCAUAUUUUAUAUUCUUCUUUAUAAAGGUCACAGUAAUCAGAUGUAAUGCUGCUCUCAUUAAACAUGUUUUUAACAUCC